AUGCCGUCGGUUCUCACGACUCUUCACAACCAGGCUGCCAAUAUCCCCUAUGCUGACUGGUACGGUAUAAGCCUAGCCGUUUGGCUGGGGGUGUGGCUCAUCACUCGGUUCACCUUCCACCUUGGCCUAUGGAUUCUCCAACGGAACCUCACGGUCUCUGUCCGGCGAUACGCCGGCUACCCACUACCGUCGCUCGUCCGAAGCCUGGACAUGUCCACAGUCUCAGAACUAUUUCUAGUCCUGCUUCUUCUCGCCGCUAAUGGGUUACUCCUCGCUUUAUCUACUCGUCGCUGGGCAGAUAUCCAACGGCGCGCAGCAAACCUCGCCGUCUUCAAUCUAAUCCCUUUAUGCACCGGACUAACUUUUGGCCUCCCAACCCAUCUACUUGGAGUUAGGCGCUCUUCCUUUGCAUGGAUGCACCGGUGGUUCGGCCGUAUGGCAGUUGCCCACUCCCUUCUCCAUGGGGCUAGCAUCAUCGCUGGGGCCGAUGAUGCAAUCCACUCCAUGAGGCGCCAUUGCAUUUCUCUUCUGGCAGCUGCUUCACUGCUUUCGAUAAUCCCCGUGACCCUGCAUGCGAUUGUCCGACGCCAUAGCCAGAUGGCCAUAAAGCUCCAUUACAUCCUUGCGAUCACAGCCAUGGCGGCGCUGUCCUAUCAUACCUGGGACCUGCGCUCCAGCUGCCGCUGGUAUUUGGCUGGUGCGGGGAUCCUAUGGGUGGUGCUGAGUGUGGCCGCUGGAGCCCACGCCAUUCUUAUCAAGAAGCAGUUGGGCUGUGCCUGGCCCGCCGUGACUGUACAACCUUUCCACGAGCUCCUUCGCAUCGAGAUUACCGUGCCGGCCCAUUGGGCCCUCCAACCUGGCCAGUGGGUGUAUCUCUGGUUGCCUCAUGCAKGCUUCCGAACAUGCUUUCAACUGCCCCUCUUUUAUGUCUCCUUCUGGGACGACACGCCUAAGCAGCGCACGCUCUAUAUUCUGGUCCGGCCGAAGUCUGUUAGUCUCUAUCAACGCCUGUAUAUGCGGGAGUCGCUUCAUGGUCGUCAACGGUUCGCUCUACUGCUGGGGCCCUACGGUCGGUCUCUCGACUUCACCGCGUUUGGGACAAUCCUAUUUAUUGUGGAAGAUACUGCCAUUGUGCGUGUGCUUCCCUUCAUCCGCAUGCUAGUCCUGGCAAGCGAACAACGUCGAGCGAUGGUGCGAAAGUUGAGGAUCGUCUGGCAAAUGGAUGAUUUCAGUAUCGUGACGCYUUCUACCCCUCCCACCCUGUCCACAAUCAAAUACUGA